AUGGGGAAGCCGGAAAGGCCAGUGGGGAUGGUGGAGAUGGCCCGCCCGGCAGGGCAGAAGCGCCCGGGCUUUCUGGAAGGAGGGCUGCUGUUCCUGCUGCUCCUGGUGACAGGCGCCCUGGUGGCCUUGGGCUUCCUCUACGCCCACAGCAGAGGGAGGCAGCUGCCGCUCCUUACUGGCCGGCUUUGCUUCUCGCAGGAGGAGAAGACCCCUGUAGAACGAGAACCCCGAGCCAUCAAACGGCCCAAGAAGGACGAAUUGUGCACCACCCCCGGCUGUGUGAUGGCAGCCUCCAGGAUCCUCCAGAAUAUGGACCCGCAACGGGAGCCCUGUGACGAUUUCUACCAGUACGCGUGCGGGGGCUGGCUGCGGCACCACGUGAUCCCCGAGACCAACUCGCGGUACAGCGUCUUCGACAUCCUGCGGGACAAGCUGGAGGUCAUCCUCAAAAGGGUGCUGGAGAACUCCACCAGCAAGGACCGGCCGGCCGUGAAGAAGGCGAAGAUGCUUUACCGCUCCUGCAUGAACGAGAGUGUGAUAGAGAAGCGAGGCUCUCAGCCCCUGCUGGACGUCUUAGCGGCGGUGGGCGGCUGGCCAGUGGCCAUGGACAAGUGGAACGACACCGUAGGCCCCACCUGGGAGCUGGAGCAGCAGCUGGCGGUGAUGAACACGCAGUUCAACAGGCGCGUCCUCAUCGACCUCUUCGUCUGGAAUGACGACCAGGAUUCCAGCCGGCACAUCAUCUACAUCGACCAGCCCAGCCUCGGCAUGCCGUCCCGAGAGUACUACUUCAGGGAGGGCAGCAACCGGAAGGUGCGGGAGGCCUACCUGCAGUUCAUGGUGUCGGUGGCCACGAUGCUGCGGGCCGACAUGAACCUCCCCGAGAACAGCUACCUGGUGCAGGAGGACAUGGCGCAGGUGCUGAGGCUGGAGACGCAGCUGGCAAACGCUACGGCCCCCCAGGAGGAGAGGCACGAUGUCACUGCCCUGUACCACAGGAUGGAGGUGGAGCAGCUGCAGAACAAGUUCAGCCUGAAGGGAUUUAACUGGACUCUCUUCAUACAAUCCGUGCUAUCCUCUGUCAAAAUCAAGAUGCUGCCGGGCGAAGAAGUAGUAGUCUACGGCACCCCCUACCUCCAGAACCUGGAAGACAUCAUCGACCUCUACUCAGCCAGGACCAUGCAGAACUACCUGGUCUGGCGCCUGGUGCUGGACCGCAUCAGCAGCCUGAGCCGGCGAUUCAGGGACGCACGUGCCAACUACCGCAAGGCGCUGUACGGCACCACGGUGGAGGAGGUCCGCUGGCGGGAGUGCGUCAGCUACGUCAACAGCAACAUGGAGAGCGCCGUGGGCUCGCUGUACGUCAAGGCCGCCUUCCCAGGAGACAGCAAGAACGUGGUCAGAGAGCUCAUCGAUAAAGUGCGGGCAGUGUUUGUGGAGGCGCUGGACGAGCUGCGCUGGAUGGAUGCCCCGUCCAAGAAGAAGGCCCAGGAGAAGGCCAUGAGCAUGCGGGAGCAGAUUGGGUAUCCGGACUACAUCUUGGACGAGAGGAACAAGCACCUGGACGAGGAGUAUUCCAAUGUGCGCCCCUCCCCCGGCCAGCCCCACCUGCCCCUGCGGAGCAUCCCCGCCCCGCCCGAGGCCCCCCCCCACCCGGGCCCCGCCCAGUCCGAGGCCACGCCCCACCCAGCCCCGGUGAGGGGUGCUGCCCGCCAUCCUGUCUCCUGUGUGCAGGUGAACGGGUUCAGCACACUUGGGGAGAACAUUGCUGACAAUGGAGGGGUGCGGCAGGCAUACAAGGCCUACCUAAAGUGGGUAGCGGAAGGCGGCAAAGACAGGCAGCUGCCAGGACUGGAUAUGACCUACGACCAGCUGUUCUUCAUCAACUAUGCCCAGGUGUGGUGCGGCUCCUACCGGCCAGAGUUCGCGGUCCAGUCCAUCAAGACCGAUGUCCACAGUCCCCUGAAGUACAGGGUGCUGGGCUCCCUGCAGAACUUGGCUGCUUUCGCGG